UUCAAUUUUUAAACAAGAUACCAAAUGCCCAGACAUCAUCAUCUGUACAACAAACAAAAAUGUCACCCCUCCACUAUUUGAACUACCGGUACUGCAAACAAUCCACAACUAACAAAGCAUCUUAACAAACCCUCCGAUGUCUGGACAACGGAAUUGGAGAUUCCUCUUCUUCUUCUCCUUCAUCAUCAUCAUUCUCAGAUCCAUUAAUUCCUCAAUAAUUUCUCAACCAAUCAAAUCACCAAACCCAGAUCCCGAAUUCCCCUGUAAGCCACCACACCACAACUCCUACCCCUUCUGCAACACCUCCCUCCCCAUCAAAUCCAGAGCCCAAUCUCUCAUCUCCCUCCUCACCCUCUCCGAGAAAAUCCAACAGCUCUCCAACAAUGUCACCACCAUCCCUAGACUCGGCAUACCUGCCUACGAGUGGUGGUCCGAGGCCCUCCAUGGGGUUGCCACCAACGGCCCCGGAAUCACCUUCAACGGCCCGAUUCCGUCCGCCACUAGCUUCCCCCAAGUCCUCCUCACCGCCUCCUCUUUCAACAGAACCCUCUGGUAUUCGGUCGCCGCGGCUAUAGCUGUCGAGGCUCGUUCCAUGUUCAAUGCUGGGCAAGCUGGAUUGACAUUCUGGGCACCUACAAUUAACAUUUUUAGGGACCCCAGAUGGGGGAGGGGACAGGAGACACCGGGGGAGGACCCGGUGGUGGCGUCGGCCUAUGCCGUCGAGUUUGUGAGGGGUUUUCAGGAGGGAGAGGAUUGGAGGAGGGUUGGGAAUGGUGGUGGUAAGAAGAGGAGGUUCUUGAGAGGUGAUGAUAAUGGGGGAUUGAUGUUAUCUGCUUGUUGUAAGCAUUUCACUGCUUAUGAUUUGGAGAGUUGGGGGCAAUUCAGUAGAUACAGCUUCAAUGCAGUGGUCACAGAGCAAGAUUUAGAGGAUACAUAUCAGCCACCAUUCCAGAGUUGCAUUCAACAAGGCAAAGCCAGCUGCUUAAUGUGUUCAUACAAUCAGGUGAAUGGGAUACCUGCAUGUGCAAGAAAGGACCUUUUCCAGAAAGCUCGAGAUGAGUGGGGGUUCAAAGGAUAUAUCACCUCUGACUGUGAUGCUGUGGCCACAAUAUACGAAUAUCAGAAUUACACAGCAACUCCUGAGGAUGCAGUUGCAGAUGUUCUUAAAGCAGGGAUGGAUAUUGAUUGUGGAACAUAUAUGCUUAGAAACACGCAAUCUGCUAUCCAACAGGGGAAGGUACAAGAAGAGGACUUAGAUAGAGCUCUUUUAAAUUUGUUUUCAGUUCAACUUCGUCUUGGGCUUUUUGAUGGGGACCCUAGAAAGGGGCAGUUUGGAAAAUUGGGACCUAAAGAUGUCUGCACUUCAGAGCACGAGACUUUAGCACUUGAAGCAGCGAGGCAGGGCAUUGUGCUUUUAAAAAAUCAUAAUAAGUUCCUGCCUUUGAGAAAGAACAGAAUUUCUUCAUUAGCUGUAAUUGGUCCGCUGGCAAACAACACCAAUUUGGGUGGUGGCUACACAGGAGUUCCGUGCAAGCCAAAGAGCAUUCUUGAUGGAGUGCAAGCAUAUGUAAAGAAAACAACAUAUGCAGCUGGUUGUCUUGAUGGUGUACCUUGCUACUCCAAUGCUGGAUUUAUGGAUGCUCUUUCUGUUGCUAAAGAUGCUGAAGUUGUCAUUGUAGUGGCUGGUUUGGAUUUGUCCCAAGAAACUGAAGACCACGACCGCUUGAGUCUUCUCUUGCCUGGUUAUCAGAUGGCCCUUGUUACCACUAUUGCUGCUGUCAGUAAAAACCCUAUAGUUUUAGUUCUUACUGGCGGCGGACCCCUUGACGUGUCUUUCGCUGAGGGAGACCCACGGAUUGGGAGCAUUCUCUGGGUUGGUUACCCUGGUGAGGCUGGAGGAAAAGCACUUUCAGAAGUGAUCUUUGGAGAUUAUAAUCCAGGUGGAAGACUACCUGUGACUUGGUAUCCUGAGUCAUUUACUAGUGUGCCAAUGAACGACAUGAACAUGCGUGCUGAUCCUUCUCGCGGUUAUCCUGGAAGAACUUAUCGAUUCUACACUGGCAAUAGAGUAUAUGGAUUUGGACAGGGCUUAUCCUAUUCAACUUUAACUCACAAGUUCUUGGCAGCACCAAAGAAACUGAGUUUAGUGAGAUCUAUCAAGGCUGAAACGAGUAAGCGAAUACUACAAGGGGGAGAAGAUGGACUUCUUCACAUUUACAUUGACGAUGUGGAAAAUUGUGAUUCUUUGGGAUUCUACGUGCAGAUCUCCGUGACAAAUGAGGGAGAUACGGAUGGAUCCCAUGUUUUGUUGUUGUUCUCUAGAGGACCAAAAUCCGUCAAGGGCGCUCCAGAGAAGCAACUAAUUGGAUUUGAUCGUGUUCAUAUGUCUUCUUACACAUCUACUGAAACAAGCAUCUUAAUCGAUCCUUGCAAACAUCUCAGCUUUGCAGAUGAACAUGGGAAAAGAUUAUUGCCCUUGGGUGAUCAUACUCUAAUGUUGGAAGAUAUGGAGCAUAUCAUUUCAAUUGAAUUGUAAUGAAGGCCCGCCAAUCACUGAACGAAUUUGUAAGAGCAUUAUUUCUACUCAUUGAGAUACGCAUACUAUUUGAAUGAAAAUUUAAUACUCUUGGUGCAAAAAAAAGAUGGAAUGACAAACUUUUCUCUGGUUUAUGAAGAUCAAGUAUUUGUAGAAUACGAGUUUCAUGUGACAGAACUUCAUGCAGCUUUAUUAAGGUUGAUAUGAUUAAAACACUGGCUUAAAGCAAGGUGAAGGAUCCAUUUUGAGAACUUAACAGCAGAAGAAAUGGAAAUGGUUUAUACCUGCAUUUUGUUCGCUUUAUUUUACGAGAAAGCAUUAAGAAAAUUAAGCUUCUGGGCAUUCUAGUUUCAUGAUUAAUGGGUAGCUCUGGUAGCUUCUUGGACAUCAAACACUAGCAGCCGCUGUCUUUCAGAACCUGGAAAGCAGGAAGUACAGGUGAGAAAUCAAAGCAACGGUUUCUUCAUUUUCUGAAUGAAUUUCAGGGAAGAAAAUAAAAGCUCAAUUUUCUUCUAAUGAUUUUUAUUUUUUAUUUUUAUUUUUUUUUUGUCCAAAAUGUGGAUUUAUAUUGAGAUGAAGGAAAAGAGAGUAGAAGAAUAAAAAGUUAGGGCAACCAGACAAUCACUAGUUGACACAAGAAAAAAAAAAAAAAACCAAAA